AUGAAUGGUGAACGAUGGGCACUGGAAACUGGAGCCAGGUAACAGAAUUCAUCAUCUUGGGCUUCCCUCAUCUCCAAGGUGUCCAGACUUACCUCUUUUUCUUGUUACUUGUCAUUUACCUCACUACUAUACUGGGAAACCUGCUGAUAUUCUUAGUGGCCCACCUGGACUCCCGGCUCCGGACACCCAUGUACCAGUUUGUUAGCAUUCUCUCCUUCUUAGAGCUGGGUUACACAGCUGCUACCAUCCCCAAGAUGCUAGUAAACUUGCUCAGUAAGAAGAAGACCAUUUCAUUCUCUGGAUGCCUCCUGCAGAUCUAUUUUUUUCACUCUCUUGGAGCUACUGAGUGCUAUCUCCUGACAGCUAUGGCCUAUGAUAGGUACUUAGCCAUCUGCAGACCCCUCCACUAUUCCACCCUCAUGACCACAACACGUUGUACUAAGAUUGCUAUUGGCUGUUGGGUAGGAGGGUUGGCUGGACCAGUGCCUGAAAUUUCCUUGGUGUCCCGCCUCCCUUUCUGUGGCCCCAAUCAUAUUCACCACAUCUUUUGUGAUUUCCCUCCUGUACUGAGCUUGGCUUGUACUGAUACCUCUGUCAAUGUCCUGGUGGAUUUUGUUAUAAAUUCCUGCAAGAUCUUGGCCACCUUCUUGCUGAUCCUCAGCUCCUAUGUGCAGAUAAUCCGCACAGUGCUCAGUAUUCCCUCAGCUGCAGGUAAGAAGAAGGCCUUCUCCACGUGUGCCUCCCACCUUACUGUGGUACUUGUUUUCUAUGGGAGCAUUCUCUUCAUGUAUGUACGACUGAAGAAGAGCUAUUCGCUUGACUGUGACCGGGCCCUGGCAGUGGUCUACUCAGUGAUCACCCCCUUCCUCAACCCUUUUAUCUACAGUUUGCGUAACAAGGAGAUCAAGGAGGCCAUGAGGAGGCAGCUGAAGAGAACAGGGAUCCUUCAGCUGUAAAUGGGAGGAGGGAGUAGGACAAGGCUGGUGCA